AUAAGUUUCCUACAGCUUCACUCUGCUUUCCUUCAACCGAUCCAUUUCUCUCUCCUCUCUGUUUUCUCUGUUACAAAACAUAGCUUCUGCUUCUUGUUUACUUUCGUAAACAACAAUGGCAACACCAAGACAACACAUAGACCAUAUACGUAAGUCCAAGUUUGCUAUCGGCGGAGAAGCGAAUCCACUCAUAGAAGAUCUUCACCAGGCUGUUAAGCACCUCUCUGCUGAGCUCUACACCAAGGAUGUUCACUUUCUCAUGGAACUCAUCCAGAAUGCUGAAGACAACGAAUAUCCCGAGGGAGUGGAUCCUUCACUUGAGUUUGUCAUUACCUCUCGCGAUAUAACUGCCACUGGAGCUCCGGCCACAUUACUGAUAUUUAACAACGAGAAAGGUUUUUCCCCCAAGAACAUAGAGUCCAUUUGCAGUGUUGGACGAUCCACUAAGAGAGGCAACAGAAAACGUGGGUACAUUGGGGAAAAAGGGAUUGGGUUUAAGAGUGUCUUUCUGAUAACCGCUCAGCCUUAUGUCUUCAGCAAUGGCUAUCAGAUAAGAUUUAAUGAAGGACCUUGCCCACGUUGCAAUCUUGGGUACAUUGUUCCUGAGUGGGUGGAAGAAAGCCCCACAAUUUCAGACAUUAAACAAAUAUAUGGAUCUGGUCCAGCCCUUCCAACUACAACAAUAAUCUUGCCCUUGAAACCUGAUAAGGUCAAACCUGUUAAGCAGCAGCUCUCUAGUGUUCAUCCGGAAGUUCUUUUAUUCCUCUCCAAGAUUAAGUGCCUUUCAGUUAAGGAAGAUAACGAGGAUCCCAAGUUGAAUACUGUAAGUGCAAUAUCUAUAACAAGUGAGACUAAUUUUCUCAUGAGGAAGAAUAUUGAUGCUGAGUCCUACACUCUGCACCUCUCUGCUGAUGAAAAUAAUGUCAAUUUGAAAAGAGAAUGUGGCUAUUACAUGUGGAAGCAGAAAUUUCCGGUCAGGCCAGAGAACAAAGUUGAUAGGAGAAUGGAGAUUGAGGAAUGGGUGAUCAAUUUGGCUUUUCCUAUUGGAGAGCGACUUCAUAGAGGGUCAAACUUACCUGGGGUCUAUGCAUUUCUUCCAACAGAGAUGGUGACAGGCUUUCCCUUCAUAAUUCAAGCAGAUUUUGUGUUACAAUCAUCAAGAGAAACAAUACUGUUGGAUGACAAAUGGAACCAAGGGAUUCUAGACUGUCUCCCUUCUGCUUUUAUUAAUGCCUUCAUCUCACUGGUGAAAACAGCAGAAGAUGCCCCUGUCUCUAGUUUGCCUCGGAUGUUUGACUUCUUGCCAGUCAACAGUUCUUCUUAUGAGAAAUUGAAUGCUGUAAGGGAAUCAAUCAGGGUAAAGUUGGUUGAAGAAAAUAUUGUUCCAAGUGAGUCAUACAAGCAGCAAAAGUUCUUUCAUAAACCCAGUGAAGUUGGCAGACUAGUUCAUACUUUCUGGAAUAUUUUAAAAAAGGCAAGGGAGAAUGGAGUAAGUUUACAUAACCUAUCAUCACAUGGAAGAUAUAUCUUGCAUUCCUCAUUUGAUAAACCAGCUUAUGAUCACAUACUGAACUUCUUGGGAGUAAUGCCUGUCAACUGUGAGUGGUAUGUUAAAUGCAUUAAGAGUUCCAAUCUCAUACUUGGAGUGCCUGAAUAUGUUUAUAUGAAGCUUCUUCUUUUUCUCAUUGAUAAUUGGCAGUCCAAAUUUCACUCUACCAGCAUAACAUCAGUACCACUGAUAAAAUAUGUUAGUAUGGAUGGAAGUAUCUCGUUGAGCAGCAUUGAUGAUGCCUUUGGUCGAAAUAAUCGAAGGGUGUUGUGCAUGUCCACUCACCUUCAUCAUGCCGAUUGGUUGAUUAAUUGCAACAAAGAAUUCAGAUGUGUGGCAAAUUAUUUUUUCCUUCCAAGUACAACUCAAGUGGCAAUCCAAUCAUGUUCUAGAAAAGAAUCAAUCUUAGAAUGGUUGCAAGAUAGGGUGAAUGUUGUUGCACUGGAUGUAUCUGAUUAUGCAGAUCUUGUUCGUAAAUAUAUCAUUGGUGACAGGAAACUUGUUGUUGCCUAUGCACACUUCCUGUAUCACUCAUCUACCAAAAAUUUUCUAUCAGUAGGGAAAUUUGAUAGUUUGUAUGGUAAUGUGCCACUUGUUGAUAAUUAUGGAAAUGUGACAACAAGAAGAAAUGGUGUUCUUGUUCCUGCUAAUGACAGUAGAUGGACAUGUUUGCUUGUUUCUAAUCCAUGGAGACAAGAAGGUUAUGUUGAGUUAGGGGAAGAUUAUUUGCUUCCUGGCAAUUUUGCUGGUGAAAGCAUAUCUGGGGAGCAACUCAUACAGUUCCUAGAAAAGAAUCUUGGUGUUUCUGAUAUACCUUCUUUGCAUCCUGCGAAUGCCGGGAUUUCUGCCGUGUAUGGGCCCUUAACUAAGGAAAAUGUGUUCUUGCUGUUGGAUUGGAUUCGUUGUCUUAGGCAUAGGGGAGCUCGCAUUCCGGAGAAGUUCUUGACAAGCAUAAAGGAGGGUAGCUGGCUGAGGAUUACAAUGAAUGGUUCUUCUGGUUACAGACCACCAUCAGAGUCUUUUUUCUACACCUCAAAGUGGGGAAACAUUCUGCAGAACGGAUCUGUGCUUGUCGAUAUUCCACUAGUUGAUCAGAGUUUUUAUGGUGAUAAGCUAGCAGAAUACAAGGAAGAGUUAAAAAUAAUGGGUGUCAUGUUUGGAUAUGGAGAUGCAUGUAACUUCAUUGGGAAGCGUCUCAUGUCUCUCGCUAAAUCCUCUACCUUAACUAAAAGUAACGUUCUUUCAAUUCUUAAUUUCAUCAGAUAUUUGCGAGCACAACUUCUUUCACCAAAUGAAUUCAUCCAGAGUAUUAGAGAGGGGAGAUGGCUGAGGACACGUUGUGGUGAAAGGUCUCCGGCCGAAUCUGUUUUGUUUGAUCAGGAAUGGAAAGCUGCAUCACUUAUCAGUAACAUUCCCUUCAUUGAUCAAGAGUACUAUGGUGAGGAGAUCAUGUGUUUUAAAACAGAGCUCCAGCUGCUUGGUGUCACAGUUGGAUUUAGUGAAAGUUAUCAGCUCGUCGCUUGCAACCUGAAAUCAGCAUCAUCCUUAACUCCCUUAACGUCUGAUGCACUUCUUUUGAUCCUGAAGUGCAUUCGACAUUUAAGAUCUUCUGAAAAAUUGGUUAACACACUUAAAAGCGGGAAAUUCUUGAAAACAAAUUCGGGCUACAGAACUUCUUCUGAAUGUUUUCUGUUUGAUCCUGAAUGGGGUUGCCUUCUAAACAUUUUUGGUGGUUUUGCUGUGUUAGAUCAUGACUUCUAUGGAAGCAGUAUAUUCUCUUACCGAACAGAGUUGAAGAAGAUUGGAGUUGUUGUGGAAUUUGACGAUGCUGCCAAAGCAUUUGCUGUUAAUUUUAAGAAGCUGGCUUCAUUGUCUUUUAUUACAAAAGACACUGUCAUGGCAUUUUUGUCAUGUUACAGGCAACUGAAAGGUACGUCCCUUAAAUUUCCUAUAGAUUUGAAGAGCUGCUUACAUGAUGUGAAGUGGUUGCGGACUCGACUUGGUGACUUUAGAUAUCCCAGAGAGUGCAUUUUGUUUGGUCCAGAAUGGGAAUCUAUCUCUCCAAUUGCUCUCCUCCCCUUUAUUGAUGAUAGUGACAAUUACUAUGGCAAGGGAAUUCAUGAAUAUCGAAAGGAGCUAAAGAGUAUGGGAGUUAUUCUUGAACUUAAAGGUGGUGCAAAGUAUGUAGUUGAUGAUAAUGGUCUUUGUUUUCCCCCGGACCCCUGUUAUGUCACCUCAGAAAAUGCACUUGCAUUGCUGAAAUUCAUUGGAAUUUCAUUGGAAAGGGCAAAUUAUUCAUUAACUGGGACAUUUUUGAAGAAAGUUUCACAAAGAUGGUUAAAGACCUAUGCUGGGUACAUGAGUCCAAAUCAGUGCUUGCUGUUUGAUUCUAAUUGGAGCUUGUUUUUGAAGCCAACAGAUGGGCCAUUCAUUGAUGAAGAGUUUUAUGGUCCUCAAAUUCAAUCAUACAGAAAAGAGCUUAAUGCAAUCGGAGUUAUUGUUGAUGCAGAGAAGGCAUGUGCUUUGCUUGCCAGCUACCUUGGCUUCCAUUCUGAAAUUAACACCAUAGUUCGAAUGUAUAAAUUCCUGAAAGCCUUUAAAUGGAAGCCUGAAACAGAUGAUGUAAGCAGGAUUUGGAUCCCAGAUGGCAACAAGAGUGGAGAAUGGGUAGACUCUAUGAAAUGUGUUCUGCAUGACAAAAAUGGUCUCUUUGGUUCGCAAUUGUGUGUUUUGGAAAAAUACUACGAGUCAGAUCUACUGACAUUCUUCUCUAGUGUAUUAAAUGUUAGAGCUGCUCCUUCCCUUGACGAUUAUUGCAAGCUCUGGAAACUCUGGGAAAGCACAGGACACAGGUUGUCUCAUACUGAAUGUAGUGCAUUUUGGGAGUUUGUUGUAAGGCAUAGGAGCCCAACAAUAAUACGAAGUCUUUCAGAUAAUAUAGAGAAGCUACCUAUUGGAUCUGGCUCAGGCGAGAUUUUGUUAUCUAAAAAGCAGGAUGUGUUCAUUGGUGAUGAUCUUCUUCUGAAGGAUCUUUUUGAACAAUUAUCUACUCACCAGAUAUUUGUCUGGUAUUCUCAGCCAAGCUUGCCAUCUCUUCCUCGGACAAAGUUGCUGGAUGCGUACAGAAGCAUCGGGGUUCGCAAAAUCUCUGAGUCUGUUCAAAUGGAAGAAUUAUCCUUAUCAGCUGGCAGUGAUUUCAAGCAGAUCAAUUCAAAAGAUACUGUGUUUGGCAAAGGACUUGUUAGGCUCAUGCUUGGAUUUCUAGCUGAUCCUUGUUUUGAAAUGGAAUUCAAGGAAAGGCAUGAAGCUGUUCAGUGCCUCCUCAAUGUUGAGGUCUUUGAGAGUCCGGAGCCCAUUACUGUGUGCUAUAGUCUAUCAUUAUCUUGCGGGCAAAUCUUAAAAGUGAAAGCAAGCCGGAUGGUGCGUUGGGAUAGAGAGAGUUCAAAGUUUUUCACGCAGAAAAUGGACAAAUCUGGUGGACACAAGUUUCUUCUUGAAUAUGCUACUUACUUUUCUGAAGUUAUAUCAGAGGGAGUGCUCUGGGAGAAAGAAGAUCAAAUAGGUUCACUAGCUGAGUUGAUCAAGUUAGGCUUUCUCCUGGAGUUCAAUGAGGAAGCAGUUGGGUUCUUAAUGAAGUCCAAGAAUUUGCAAUUAUUCGUUGAGGAUGAAGAAUUUUUAUCUGCUGCUUUCCCUUCUGAAUAGGGACAUGCACAUUGCAUUUUCCAACAAAAGAAAUGAAGAAUUGAUAAUCGACGAGGAAAAAUCUUCAAAACUUCAUCUAUCAUCUUCAAUCUAGCACAAUCUCAGCAGAGUACUAAUUCUCCAAAGAGAAAUUACCCUUUUCAUAUGGAGAUGGAAAUGGAAAAAGUAGUGCAAUGCGGAGCUCCCAAUUUCCUGCAUCACUAUGCUUAAUAAGAGCUUAUUCAACACAUUUCUUAAGUCCUAAUAAUGAAAAUACAACGGCUAAGAGGUACUCCAGAAUUUCCUUUGCUUGGGAGACCUCCAGACGUGGGAGUCAUGAAAAAAGAGGGAUUAUUUCCGAAAAACUUCCCGUGUUUCAUGCAGAAGUCAAGCAAGAUCUUGAUGGCAGUUGCUUAAUUCAGGUCUAGCUACAGUGUGCAAGCUAGCAUCCCAGAGGUUCCAGCUUCACUCCACAAUGCUGAAUACAUUGAGGCAGAAGAGUGGUUGAAGAAGCCUUGUACUGCUGAUUAUUACUUGAGAGACCAAGGUGUGUGAAAACUACAGUUCGGUUCUCAUAAUUUAGAAACCUGAGAGCUUGCUAGUUGUUGCAGCCUUCAGCAUUUCUUACGGAGGAAGUUUAGUAGUACAUUCUGAAUAAAACAGUGAUUUUAUA